UCUCCUAGCGGCUUCGCCAGCCAGCGCCCAGCGGGAGGGGUGUGGCGCUGGGUCUCGGAAACCGCCCCGUUCCCGCGUCGCUUCGCGCUCGUUCACCGUGUUAAUUCCUUUCCGAUUGCCGGCCCUGACGGUGCGGACAAGUGGGGCAUUGGGUGUUUUACUGCACAGAUUGUUUCAGCCAUGUCUGACAAAAGUGAGCUGAAGGCGGAGUUGGAGCGCAAGAAGCAACGAUUAGCUCAAAUCCGAGAGGAGAAGAAGAGAAAGGAGGAAGAAAGAAAGAAGAAAGAAACUGACCAGAAGAAAGAAGUUCUUCCAGUACAAGAAGAAUCUGAUCUUGAAAAGAAGAGAAGAGAAGCGGAAGCAUUGCUUCAGAGCAUGGGGUUGACACCUGAGUCUCCUGUUGUCCCUCCUCCUACCUCUCCGUCUUCCAAAUCCGUGAGUACGCCAAGCGAGGCUGGGAGCCAGGACUCCGGGGAUGGUGCUGUUGGAUCGAGGACGCUGCAUUGGGAUACUGAUCCAUCAGUUCUUCAGCUCCACUCUGAUUCCGAUCUGGGACGUGGACCUGUUAAACUUGGAAUGGCCAAAAUUACACAAGUUGACUUUCCUCCUCGAGAAAUUGUUACCUACACAAAGGAGACGCAAACACCUGUCAUGACUCAGCCCAAGGAAGAUGAGGAGGAGGAAGAUGAUGUGGUUGCACCAAAACCAUUAGUUGAACCUGAAGAAGAAAAAACAUUAAAAAAAGAGGAGGAGGAAGAAGCUGCCCCUCAUGAACUCACAGAGGAGGAAAAGCAACAAAUUUUGCAUUCUGAAGAAUUUUUAAGUUUUUUUGACCACUCCACAAGGAUUGUUGAAAGAGCCCUUUCUGAGCAAAUCAACAUUUUCUUUGACUACAGUGGAAGAGACUUAGAGGACAAAGAAGGAGAGAUUCAAGCGGGAGCAAAACUGUCCUUAAAUAGGCAGUUUUUUGAUGAACGUUGGUCAAAGCAUCGUGUUGUCAGUUGUCUGGACUGGUCAUCUCAGUAUCCAGAACUACUUGUAGCCUCUUACAACAACAAUGAGGAUGCGCCUCACGAGCCUGAUGGGGUGGCCCUUGUAUGGAAUAUGAAGUACAAGAAAACUACCCCAGAGUAUGUCUUUCACUGCCAGUCUGCAGUGAUGUCAGCUACAUUUGCAAAAUUCCAUCCCAAUCUGGUGGUUGGUGGCACAUACUCGGGCCAGAUCGUGCUGUGGGAUAAUCGCAGCAAUAAGAGAACCCCAGUACAGAGAACGCCACUUUCAGCUGCUGCUCACACACACCCAGUGUACUGUGUAAAUGUUGUUGGGACCCAGAAUGCUCAUAAUUUGAUUAGUAUCUCAACUGAUGGGAAAAUAUGCUCUUGGAGUUUGGAUAUGCUUUCCCAACCACAGGAUAGCAUGGAGCUGGUUCACAAACAGUCCAAGGCUGUGGCUGUUACCUGCAUGUCUUUCCCUAUUGGAGAUGUCAACAAUUUUGUUGUUGGAAGUGAAGAAGGCUCAGUGUACACUGCAUGCCGUCAUGGCAGCAAAGCUGGAAUCAGUGAGAUGUUUGAAGGACACCAGGGACCAAUCACAGGUAUCAACUGCCAUGCAGCAGUUGGACCUGUAGACUUCUCACAUCUUUUUGUCACCUCUUCUUUUGACUGGACAGUAAAGCUUUGGACAACGAAGAAUAACAAACCUCUCUACUCCUUUGAAGACAAUUCUGAUUAUGUUUAUGAUGUGAUGUGGUCUCCAACUCACCCUGCCUUGUUUGCCUGUGUGGAUGGGAUGGGCAGGCUUGACCUGUGGAAUCUCAACAAUGAUACUGAGGUGCCCACUGCAAGCAUCACCGUGGAGGGCAAUCCUGCUCUGAACCGUGUGAGAUGGACGCAUUCUGGGAGAGAGAUUGCUGUAGGUGAUUCAGAGGGACAAAUAGUUAUAUAUGACGUGGGAGAGCAAAUCGCCGUGCCUCGCGGGGACGAGUGGACUCGCUUUGGCCGAACGCUGGCAGAGAUCAACGCCAACAGAGCUGACGCAGAGGAGGAGGCUGCGACCCGCAUCCCAGCGUAGAGCCUCCAGACAGCCUGCAGGCCCACACUGGGACGGACUGGAUGCAAAUCCUAGAGUGUCAGUUCUAAUCAGUGUAGGGGAGGAAUAUAUGGAUUCUGCAAUGGACCUGGAAAUGUAUUAAGAUCACUGAAAAUCAGAUCUUGCAUUGUUUUGUUUUAUAUAUAAAUUACAAGCACAUUCUUGGAUUUGUGUAACUUUUAAUACGGUUAACUUUGACUUUGCAGGGAUCUUCUUUUGCUGAAACACUAACCUGGUAUAGAUUUGCUACUUGGCUUCUGUAAAAUCCAAUCUAAAACAGUACCCUUCUGAAAAGUUGAAGUUCUACUCCUAAAACUUUCUGUAUUACAGACUAACCUUCAUUAGGUAGUACAUCUCUGAAGCAUUCUUUGAACUCUUCAAAUUACCCAUGAUAUGCAUGCAUAUGUUCCAAGUUUCAUUGUUUAUAUAUAGAUAAGCCUCAGACUCUGGUAGUGGGUAAUAUAUGUGAAUAAAAAAUUGUCUGUAGUUACAAACUUACAUGAUAAUCAGACCUGAAUUAAUGAAAUACAUAUUUAAUACUAAUUUCCUUUUGUUUGAAUUGGUGCAUUAAAAGGUGAGACUGAUUCAUAAAUAAAUACUAUACGAGCACUUAGUCAGCUGCCCUGACCUCUAAUCUGUGUCCCUGCAGUAGUUUAAAGUUUCUGGGAGCUGAUCCUUUUGUUUUACUAUACACAUCACAGGCUUGUUUUCUACCCUCAACCACCCCUUACUGCAAUGGCAAUUGACCAAUAGCAAAAAGGGUCCUGUUACCAAAUUUUUCUUUUCCAAAGGAUAAGGAACUAGAUUUUAACUUAUAAUUUCUAUAGCAUGAUGGUUUUCAUUCUGUUAACUACAGACUUGCUACUAAUUUUCUGUACUAAGUUCAAGAUUUUUAUUACUGAUUUUUAACAUUUUUAUUGAAACAAAAAUUCUUAAUGGCUUGAAACAGGAAGGUUGUAAUUUGUGUUAAGGGUGACUUUUUUUUUCUUCUUAGCACAUUAUGAAGUUUUCCAUCAGGAUGGGUUGCAGAGGGGCUGUUUCUUUUGGGUUGUUGGUUUUGUUUUUUAUAAAUAACAUGAGUUUUACUCAUUAGGCACUAAAUCAGUUUCGUAGCCUUUACCUUAGGGACUCUACAUUAGUUCUUAAUCUGUUACAAGCUUAUUGUUUUGCCAGAAGAGCUGGUUUUAUAUGCUUAAAAAUAGGAAAUAGGUUUAUAUUCCUCAAUCAGUUUCAUGUCCAGGAGUAUUGUCAUUGUUUCUUCAUUGUUUAACUUUUCUGUUUAGUUUUGGGUUUUUUUCUCUUGUCUUAGUUCAGUUAUUAUGAGCAGCUUGUGGAGACACAGCAGUAACAGCAAUUCUGUCUUCAGAAAGUUUUCUUUUUUGGUGGGUCUGGAGCUGAAAUGUGUUUAGGCUUCCAUUGGCGUUAGCAUUUCAAGAGUGUGUGCCACUCCCUUUUCAGCACAGCCAUGCUGCUCAGGUUGUAGACAUUUAUCCUGUGUGUUCUCCUCAAGCCUACAACAGCAGCUCUGUUCGGCUGAGAGGUAUGUGAACUGUGUAAGAACAGGCACAUCAUGAGACGGUUUGUACCUUUGGGCAAAAGAAUUCUUAACAAGCAGAACUUCUCUUGGUUUGAUGGUUUUGAAGGGAGGGGGUGCUUGGGUUUUUGGUUGGUUGUUCUUGUGGGGUUUUUCAAAAUUACUUUUCAUUGAAUAAUACAUUUCCCUCACUCUUUUAUUUUCAGAAGUGCAGUAGGUAAUGCUUUCUUUCGCAUACACACAGAUCAUCACUACAGUUUUGUGUAGUUUCAACCUUCUAAUAAUUCUCAAUUAUUAAAUUUAACACUACUCUAUCUUUAUUCCUGCUUGUGGUCCUCUCUCACAGAAGUACACAUUAAAAAUGCAAAAGCCGUAUCUGCAACAUUAAGACCAAAAGUGAUGCUGGAUGCUGUAAAUGAGGAUUCUGGGAGUCAAAGUGUCCCGUUUUGGAGCUGCAAGAAACACAAAUGCUGUUGUGCAUUGACAGGUCUCCUAAGGCAUUGAUCAAGGCAGUCGACAAGCUGUGACUAAAGAUUAAAUGCAGUAGGUCCCCACCACUUUUGCCUCUAUUUAGAAAAACAUUAGAUAAAAUCCAUAGAUAGAGGAGAGAGUUCCCAGAAGUCUGUCUCUAUCCAGAAAACAGUACAGAACAAGAAAUUCUUUAAACACAAUACAACAAAUAAGGAAACCUUCUAAUGGGGUUAUCUAUAUUCAUUCAUACUGCAGAAUAGUGAUCAAACUUCUAAGGUCAGUGUAUUGUAUCCUCUGGCUCAGUAAGUAUUAUUCAGCACCAAAAUAAUUUUUAUCUUCUUUAGAGGCUAGAGCUGGAGAAAGGCUGGUCUGUGUAGUGUUCAGUUCUUAAGAAGCCAUUUCUUCAUAAACUGACUUAAUCCCUGAUGGGCCUGCUGUCACCUAAGUAAGAAAACAGAACCUGGAAUCAGAUUAUACCCUUUGGAUAAGCUCUGUUCCAGGAUGUUUAACCCUGUAAGAAACAUGUAUAACUUUGGUAAGCAAGGCUGGAGACCACCCAUCCCAUCUCUGGCCACAAGGACGGUGUGACUAAUUUUCCUCCACGAUAGCAGAAAUAAUAAAAAUCAUAAAAACGUAAGUAGGUUUUCCCCCCCUACAGAAUAACCUAAUCUCAUGAUAAAACAAUCUAGAAAUAAAGAGAAUGCUUUCAAGUUUUUAAACAAGUUGUCUAUUCAGGAAAAGAAGGUACUCUGAAUAAUAAACCCUGUAAAAUUUCUUGAGUGUGCUAGUAAGUGGCAAAUCUCUCAUUGUGUUUUGAAUAUGCUACCAUAGAAGUAAUAUCUAUUACACAUUUAGUAUUGCCAUGUAUUUUGAGAGAAUUCAUUGUCACAAUGUAGUGCUGCAAAAUAAAAUAUUGCAUGUGCUCAUCUAA